UAAUAAAAAAGAAAAACCAAAAACCCUAAUUGUAGGCAAGUCAAAAGAAAACCUCAUUCUCUCUGCAUAUCCUCUGUACACUGCCCUUCCUUGCCUUUUCUCCUUCCUCUGCGGCCGCCGGAUACAACCGCAUCAUGGCUGGGAAGCGAAAAACGACUACCUCCUCUGGAACCGCAUCUUCCAAGAAGCCAAAAAGAGUGGCCGCAGACGAGGAGGUGUUUCCGUUGAAUGGUGAAGAGGAGGAAGUGAAUCAGGUGGAUGAACAAGGAGCUAAGAUGAGUUCUCAUGUGAAACCUCAUUCUCAAAGGAACGAGAAUGGCCGUGGUAGAUCUGCUAAAAAUGCUGCUUCUGAAGAGGAAUCGACUAAAAAUGAGAAUGUUAAUGGUGAUGUUAGCGAUGAAGAUGUGCCUGAAGCUAGAUUUGUCAGCGCUCCUGUGCCUGAUGAAGAGGCUAGAACUCGGUGGCCUCAUCGCUAUGUGAAGAAGACAAAUAAACAAGCAACAGGCUCAAAGAGUUCAAACACUAAGGAUGAUUCUGAAGAGAUCAUUCCAGCUCGGUGCCAUUACAUACAAGCAGAGGUUGAUGGACGCUUCAUCUACAAUCUUUAUGAUGAUGCUCAUGUCAAAGCUGAGGAUGGAGAGGACAGCUAUAUAUGCAAGAUUGUGGAGAUGUUUGAGGCUAUUGAUGGGAAAUUUUACUUCACAGCUCAAUGGUUCUACAGAGCUAAGGAUACUAGCAUCAAGCAUGCCUACGAUAUGGAUAAAAAACGUGUUUUCUUUUCAGAGAUUCGGGAUGACAAUCCAUUGGAUUGUCUUGUUGAAAAGCUGAAUAUUGUGAAGGUGGAUUUAGAGGGAAAAAAGGCAAAAAUCUCUUCUUGUGAUUAUUUCUGUGAUAUGCUCUACUUGCUUCCAUAUUCCACCUUUGUUAAAUUACCACCAGAGAACACAACUAUUAGCAAUGAAAGUUCAUCCACAUUAUCUAGUGAUGAUGAUAUGAAUGAAGUGAAGUCUAGCAAUGAUACUUAUCAUAAAUCAGAGGUUACAUUGUUGGAUUUGUAUUCUGGUUGUGGUGCUAUGUCAACAGGCCUGUGCCUUGGUGCCAAUUUGUCUGGUUUAAACCUUGUUACUAAAUGGGCUGUUGACUUGAACAAAUAUGCCUGUGAGAGUCUAAGAUUAAACCACCCUGAGACAGAGGUGAGAAAUGAAUCUGCAGAGGAUUUUUUGUUAUUGCUGAAAGAAUGGGAGAAACUCUGCAUUAGGUUUUUGCUUAUAACUAGCAGUGAUCCAGAAAAGCAACAGUCUUAUCCUUUUGAUUUGGAAGAAGAUGGAGAUGAUCAGGAUGAUGAUGAUGAAGAUGGGAAUGACGAUGAAGAGGCUUUUGAAGUAGCAAAGAUACUCCAAAUUUGCUAUGGUGACCCAAAGGAUAAAGGGGAGCGUGGAUUAUACUUUAAGGUUAGCUGGAAGAAUUACGGGCCUGAAUAUAACACGUGGGAACCCAUUGAUGGCUUGGGUAAUUGUCAGAAGGCUAUAAAGGACUUCGUCACAAAUGGGUAUAAGUCGAGGAUUCUACCAUUGCCUGGUGAUGUAGAUGUGAUUUGUGGCGGGCCGCCAUGUCAAGGCAUUAGUGGAUUCAACCGUUUUAGAAAUAGAAAUAAUCCUUUGGAAGAUGAGAAAAACAAGCAACUCAUAGUUUUCAUGGAUGUUGUCAAGUAUUUGAAGCCAAAGUUCGUUUUAAUGGAGAAUGUUGUGGAUAUUCUUAAAUUUGCUGAUGGAUUUCUAGGGCGAUAUGCCAUGGGUCGACUUAUUGAGAUGAACUAUCAAACAAGAAUUGGCAUGUUGGCUGCUGGGGCAUAUGGCCUUCCUCAGUUUCGGAUGCGUGUUUUUCUUUGGGGUGCCCGUCCUACUGAGAAGUUGCCGCAAUACCCGCUUCCAACACAUGAUGUCCUAGUCCGUGGAGUUGUUCCUGUUGAGUUUGAUAGUAAUGUUGUUGCCUAUGAUGAAGGCUGCGUUGCUCGGUUGGAAAAGAAACUUUUUCUGGAGGAUGCAAUAUCUGACCUCCCACCAGUUGAGAACAAUGAACAUCGUGAUGAAAUGCCUUAUGCCUCGGAUCCUAAAACAAAAUUUCAGCGGCAGAUUAGACAAAGAAAAGAUGAAUUGUUAGAUGCUUCAUUGAAGUCAAAGUCAUCACAAUGCUUGCUAUAUGAUCAUCGUCCACUUGAGCUGAAUAGUGAUGAUUAUCAACGUGUCUGCCGGAUACCAAAGAAAAAGGGAGCAAACUUUAGAGAUCUUGCAGGUGUUCGUGUGCGUCCUGAUAACAAAGUUGAAUGGGAUCCAGAUGUUGAGAGGGUUUAUCUGGAUUCAGGAAAGCCUUUGGUCCCCGAUUAUGCCAUGACUUUUGUGAAUGGGUCAUCAUCAAAGCCAUUUGCCCGUCUUUGGUGGGAUGAGACUGUGCCAACUGUUGUUACAAGGGCUGAACCUCACAAUCAGGCAAUUUUGCAUCCUGAACAAGAUCGAGUACUGACAAUUCGUGAAAAUGCAAGACUCCAAGGUUUUCCUGAUUACUAUAAACUUUGUGGACCCAUAAAAGAAAGAUAUAUCCAAGUUGGAAAUGCUGUUGCUGUUCCGGUUGCUAGGGCACUUGGUUAUGCAUUAGGCAUGGCAUUCCAGGGAUCUGCAAAUAGUGAACCUUUGUUCACAUUGCCAAAGAAAUUCCCAAAUAUUGUGGAACAAAUAUCUUCAGCAUCUUCAGAAGACGAUGCUUGAUUGUUGUAUUGGCCAACACAAAAUGUAACAUACAUUCCAUUUGGCUGAUGAUUAUUUAUCCCAUUGUUGUAAUUGUACCAUAUGAAACAUUCUUCAAUGAAUGCUCUUGUAUUGAAGAUUAGAAGUGAAAAAUCUUCAAAGUGUCAAGGUUCUUUAGUUUUA